AAUAUGAUGCAUACGCAUUUGCCUAUAAAUAAGCAGUUUAGGACUCAUCGUCUUUGUUUGUUCCCUGAGAUAUUGCUCCCUCCUGGUUGCUAAGAUGGAAGUAGAAUCAGAAACUCAAGAACUGCAUAUUCACGUCAAUGUCGAACCUGAAAUUAGGAAAUCCUCAACAGAACAGAGAAGUCACAACUACUCAUGGAGGUUAAGAGUGUCUCUCUACGUCAUUCUCCUCUUAGCCGGAGAGACAAUAGCCACUCUAUUAGGUAGACUUUACUACGACAAAGGUGGCAACAGUAUUUGGCUCGAGACCUUAGUUCAGCUAGUUGGUUUUCCUUUAACCCUUCCUUGCUAUUAUUACCUAAAGCCUGAGUCGUCUUCAAAGACUAAUAAUACCUUAACCAAUAAAACAACUACUUCCUUCUUGACACUUUGUUUAGUUUACAUAGGACUUGGCUUGCUUGCUGCUGGUCACAGUGUUCUGUAUUCCUUUGGAUUACUCUACCUUCCUGUCUCAACUUUCUCUUUGAUCUCUGCAUCUCAGUUGGCUUUUAAUGCUGUCUUCUCUUACUUCCUUAACUCACAGAAGUUCACACCUUGUAUACUCAACUCACUUGUUCUCUUGACCACAUCUUCUACACUUCUUGUCAUCCAACCUGAGCCUGAUCAAUCUUCUACUUCAAACUCAUCUUCCAAAUACAAUUAUGUGAUUGGGUACAUCUGUGCCAUCGGUAGCUCAGCUGGAUAUUCUCUAGUGCUUUCUUUAACAGACUACGCUUUCGAAAAGAUCCUAAAGAAACAAACAUUCAAGGCUAUAUUGGACAUGGUCACAUAUCAGUCUUUAGUUGCUACUUGUGCAGUUGUGGUUGGACUUUUUGGAAGUGGUGGAUGGAAAAUGUUAAGUACAGAAAUGGAAGAGUUUAGGCUUGGGAAACACUCUUAUCUUUUGAUAAAUAUUGGUUCAAUGAUAUCUUGGCAAGCUUGUUGGAUCGGUAGUGUGGGUUUGAUUCUUGAAGUUUCAUCGCUUUUCUCAAACGUGAUAAGCACUCUUUGUUUACCUGUUGUUCCUGUUCUUGCUGUUGUGUUCUUCCGAGAUGAGAUGAGUGGAAUCAAGUUGAUUGCAAUGUUUUUGGCCAUAUGGGGAUUCGUUUCUUAUGCUUACCAGCAUUAUAUUGAUGAUCCAAAACCAGAAGAAGAGCAAGAGAUUCCUCAAGGUGAAGAGGAAGAAAAAGAAACACAAGAAGAGAAGAGUAACAACAUUCAGGACUAGACAAAGAUCCAAGACCUAAUGGUUU